GUCAGAAAAGUUGGUAAUCCAAAAAAGAAGUAAAAAUUGAAAGUACAUAAGGGAGAGUUUUCUGUUUAAUUUAAAAAUGAAUUUUGUUUAUAGUUUCAUGAAUACCACACGAAGUACAUUUGUUAUGUAAUAUUCAAUUAUCAAAACUGGAAGACAUUGCUUAAUCCCAAUAUCAUUAAAAAAUUAUCAUAAAAACAUGUAAAGGUAUAGUGCAAAGCAAACACUGAUUGUUGACAUAAGCCAUAAUGUUUAAUUUAGAUUUUAAACAUGUUUCCAAAGCACAACACAGCUACUUUAUGUGGAUAUGCCUGCUUAUUUAUGAAACCAUGUAAUCAGUAAAAUGGAAUCACAGGAGCUAUGAAGAUUAUAAUAGUGUGUUCUAAAAUGUCCUAAGACAGUUAUAUUAAUCAAAAUGAAUCAGUUUGCGAACAUAAUGAAGGAGAGGGAGAGGGCAGACUCCUCAUCUUAUGUUAAAUCAGACAUAAAAGAUGAUAAUCCCUCGGAUUUGGUGGAGGAUGAGAACACACAGUUGUCUCUUGAUCCCAACGUGCAAACGUACCUGGCUCAGAUGUCACAAGAGUCUGGUUGCUGGGGGAAAUGCUUUCCUAUACCGUUUGAAAGAGCCUCUCAGAAGUCAUGGUGGGACCCGACUUUUGACUCGGAAAUACUUGAAGAGCAGUAUAAAAAGAGUUCGAGUAAUAGUAACAAAAUCAAAUUUAGGUACGCUCUAAUAUACCUCACUGUGAUUUCCACGACGUGGCUGACAUAUUUCUUAGUAGUCGGCUGGUUGGGAGACAUCCGCCAUUGGCAGUUGGUCUGUAGCCUUAUCUUGGUACUAAUCGUCUGCUUAGUUACGUCCCUCUUCUUCACAUACACUAACACAUUCGACAAGAACAUGGUUUCAUUAACUUCUGGUUUAGCCGUACUCCUCACUGUGUUGAGUCUAACAUUCCUAGUUGUUGUACAACUGUUACCUGUGGGCAAUUUCGCUCUGUGCAUCCAAAUGUUAUUUCUUUUAUAUACUCUUGUACCACUCAAGCUUUAUCUUAGUCUCUUUUUGGGACUUUUUUAUUCGGUAGCUUAUGAGUUGCUGAUCCACUUUUUGGAACCUCAAGGCAACUUUAAUGCAUCAACUCUGAGCGCGAAAAUUCUCAGUCAUUUCGCUAUACAUCUCAUAGGUUUUCACAUCUGCUUGAUGAAUAAUGUAAGAAGUAGGAAUACGUUUAUGAAAGUUGGUCAGAGUCUGCUAGUUCGUCGACAAUUGGAACUGGAGAAAAGACUUAAAGAGAACAUGAUCCAUUCUCUUAUGCCAAAAAGUGUUGCCGAUUGGUUGAAGAAGGAAGACGAGAAUUUCACGAGAAGACAAUCCUCAGACUCAACCAAUGAUUUUAAAUCCUUAUUUCGGCCAUUCAACAUGGACAACAUGGAAAACGUCAGUAUACUAUUCGCAGACAUUGUAGGUUUCACCAAGAUGUCUGGUAGCAAAAGCGCCGAAGAACUAGUAGAUAUCCUCAACAACUUGUUCCAAAGGUUUGACUCCUUGUGUAAGAUACACAAUUGUGAGAAAAUAUCUACUUUGGGUGAUUGUUAUUACUGCGUUAGCGGUUGUCCUGAAGCUAGAUCGGAUCAUGCUCAGUGCUGCGUCGAGAUGGGGCUGAGUAUGAUCCAAGCCAUUAAACAGUUCGACCAUGAGAAGAACGAAGGGGUCAAUAUGAGGGUCGGUAUCCACACUGGCAAGGUUUUGUGCGGGAUCGUUGGAACGAGAAGGUUUAAGUUCGAUGUUUGGAGUAAUGACGUCACUCUAGCGAAUAAGAUGGAGUCUACGGGAAAGCCUGGAAUGGUACACGUCUCGGAGAAAACCGUUAGUUUCUUGAAUGAUGGGUACUUGUUAGAAGACGGAGAAGAUGUUAUGGGAUUAAGAACAUACUUUAUCUUGGGUCGAAAAACCGACAAAACACCAUCAUACAGCGGAUCCUUUCGAGCCGAAGGUCGCCAGAAGUACGCCAACUCUCUCCAGCUCUUCAUCUCACCUCCUUCCAACUCUUCUUCCUCUCCUCCUUCUCGUCCUCGCGUCCUAUCCUGUGAUACUUCCUCAAAUUACAUAAAACCACAACAACAAUCGCAACAUUUACUCUCCCCCGACGUAUGUAAAAUAAAGGCGAGCAGUUUACCUAGUAUCUUAGAUCUGGAAAGCGACGAUGCUAUCUGUACUAGCCCGAACAACAACGACUCUUCCUGUACCGAUGAUAUUAAAACUCCGACCAGUACGGCUAGUUCUGGAAAGUACGCCGUGAAAUUGAAGAACUGGAAAAUGCCGAAGUUUAUGAGGAAACUGUCAGAUCAGAAGCAGGAUUUGGAAGUGGACGUGUUUACUGUUUCCCCUCUGCCGCCUACCGAAGACGGAUACCAACAACUAGGCAGUUCCUUUCUAAUACACCUAUUGGACAAAGCACGUAAAACUUCUGUUCCUAGAGAUGAGGCAUGCGUUCCUUGUCUCGAAACGUUAUCUUCGGCAAGCUCGUUCCCAGCACUUCCGCUAUGUCCGGGUGCGCACAUUAAGGUUCCUACGAUCAUCGAAGCAACCGUUAAUGGCAAUAAAGAUUACAUACCAAAGACAGACGUUGAAGAUUCGUUGAAAGACAAUAUCGAUAUAAAAUCCUAUAUAAGCCAGUCCCGAAGCGAUAUCGGUCAGUUUGAUUAUUCCUCCAACUGUGAAUUCAUCAGGAGCGGAAGCUAUAGAUCACAAUAUGUUAGAUCCCCGGCGUCGGAUCUCCAGUAUUUACACCGAAGUGGAAGCAGUCGAUCUAGACGAAGUAAAUCACCAAUGUUUGACAGCUUGGAGCCCACGGAAAGAGUUAGAAGCGCUACUGUCUCCACCAUCAGUAUCCAGAGACCGAAGAGGUCCUUUGAACUUCCCAGUAGGUUAUCCAGUGUUACCGGAUUAGAAGAAAAUGUCAAUCAGAGCAGAAAAGAUUCUGGAAUUCGGAGUAAUAGUAGGAAAAGUAGUAUACAGAUCGAUCCAACCCUUACGAAUUCAGAAAUGCUACAUCGAGGCUCUGGAUAUUACACGGCUAGUCAAUUCUCAAUAAACCACACCCCUCAAGUGGCAAGGAAAUUCGGACCGCCAUUUUUCGACAAAUCCGGAGCAUCUAUACAAAUUUUGCGAAAACAAUCAGACCGACAGUUAAUAAAAUGUGUUCAAGACAACUCCAAGUCAAAAUCUUCAUAUUUCAUAAAACCGCCUUUGUCCAGCAUUUCGUUAUUUUUCAAGGACAAAGAGAUGGAGCGACAGUAUCGUCAGAACGUUCACCGAAUACCGAAAAGAGGAGACCAAGAUAUUAUGACUUUGGCCAAUUCCAAAUUUAACACGUAUCUAGACGUAUUGGUGUCGUUGCUGGUUUUUCUCUUAGUCUCUUUGGGAUCGGCUUUAUUGUACAAAGUGACCUCGGUGUGGCUAACGACAUUUUUCGUGCUGCUGCUUUUGCAAUCGUUGGGCAUAGCUUUUUGUUUGAAAAAUGUUGUGCGAUGGUUCGACAGAGUGUUGUGGUGCUUCAUCAGGUUUUACCGAUGGAAUUUCUUCGGAGCUGUGCUCGUGAGUUUGCCUCUAGUUUCAGCAAUAGCAAACUUCGCUAAUAAUCAAAACUUUUCACCGACCAGCCUUAAUACCUUCAGUUAUUUGGUCUUCGUCGGUCUAGUUCAUUUCUGCAACUUCACCCAGUUGAAUUGUUGGAUGAAGAACAUCCUAGCUACUGUAAGUAGUAUAUCUUUAGCUUUCGCAUGUAUAUUUAUUGACGAUAGUUCCUGUAGCUACGAAAUAAUGCAGUCUAAUAGCACCAAUACAAACGGCUCAUUAGUAUUAGAUAGAUUUAAUUAUACAACUACGACAGAGGAUAGAUCUUGCGUGUUUUAUAAGGCUGAAAUAGUUUUGAAUUUGUUAAUAUUGGUCAUACUGAUAUGGCUGUUAACGAGAGAGUUCGAGAUCGGUUACAGAUUGAGUUUCCACACGAAUUACGUAGCUAAUAGAGAUAAAAACAAAGUGGAAACUUUAAAGAACCAAGCCGAUUACCUUAUAUAUAAUAUAGUUCCGGAACACGUAGCGGAACAGUUGAAAAAAGACGCCAAAUACUCAGAGAAUUUUAAGAACGUAGCUAUCAUUUUUGCCAGUGUUGUAAACUUCAACGAAAUGUACGAUGAGAGUUUUGAAGGAGGUAAAGAGUACCUUAGGGUUCUUAACGAACUAAUAGGAGAUUUCGAUGAACUCUUGGACCGGCCAGAGUUUCACAGCGUGGAGAAAAUAAAGACCAUAGGAUCGACGUUUAUGGCCGCUAGUGGACUGAAUUCGCGCAAGCGCUUACUGCAGAAGGAUCCCAACGAACAUCUUUUCGCGUUGAUGGAUUUCGCUAUAGAAAUGCAGAACGUAGUGAACGAUUUUAACAGAUAUUUAUUAGGUUUCGUGUUGGAGUUAAGAGUCGGUUAUAACUUCGGAGAUGUAACCGCUGCAGUUAUAGGAAACACAAAACUUUAUUAUGACGUUUGGGGAGACGCGGUCAACAUCGCGUCCAGGAUGGAUAGUACCGGUACGAAAGGUAAAUUGCAGGUAGGUGAACAUUGUUUGCCGAUUUUACAAGAGAAAUACGAGUUUGAAUUGAGGGGAUCAAUUUAUGUUAAAGGUAAAGAUCAUAUGAAUGUUUAUUUUCUGAAGAAGAAGAAAACUUCGCCGUUCCUGUCGGUCCCCGACACUUCAUUGUGAUGCUUAGAUUAGAUAAAGAAACUUUAAAUGAAAUUUUAAUACAGUAGGCUAGUAUAGAGUCACUCAUUUUUUUCAAAUUGACUUCUGACACAUUCGAAAUGAUAUAUUCGAAUAUACUUAGGUAAAAUAUUGUCAGGAUUGUUAUUUAUUUAUAUUUUAUUGGAUGCGCUAGUUAAAACAAGUUGACAUUUUCUUCCAAUAUCGUACAGACUUAUGAAAAUAUACAACCUAUAGUUUUAUAGGUUUUAAAAUAUAGACGAAGCAACGAAGCACUAAAAAGCCCAAAACCUAGGAAUUUUGUGCAGUAAGAUGAAUCGUCAUGCAACUUUUUGCAUUCAAUUUGAGAGAGUGUCAGGCAAUUUUGUGAACUAAAUUGAUCUCCGGCAAAAAAUUUUGUGCAUGAGAAAAUGCAUUUUCAAAGUGCAUCUCGAAGAGGUAAAAAUGAAAAAUUUAGAACUCAAGAAAUAUUGCCGAAAAUGAGUUCAAUUUUUUAUAUUUGGGGGUUUUGGAGGUCAGUAAACACAAAUUUCAUAACAGCGAAUGUCUCCGAGGUACCUGGGGCCCAGGGUGAAGCUCGUCGCCUGGGACGAUCGAAUAAUUUGCGAAAUGAAGAUCGGAUCGAAAAACUGAAAAAUACGCGUUUAAUAUUUUUCAAAAAUCUAUCGAAUGACACUAAAGACGACCCCGCACUCCAUCCCCUGGAGGCGGCGUGCGGGUAACUUUAAAAUCUUAAACGAAAACGCCCAUUUGUUAUUACAGAUUUGGAUUGCUUACGUAAAAAUAAGCAACUUUUAUUCGAGAAAUGUUUUCGAAUUGUGGAUAGAUGGCGCUAUAAUCGGAAAAAACGAUUUAUCGUGAUACCAUAGGUAAAUUAUAGAAACGGUCUAAUAUAUCGAGAAAUACACUUCCAAAUAAAAGACCAAAAAAUACGUAUUUGAUAUUUUUCAAGAACCUAUCAAAUAUCAAACACGACUCUCCACUCCACCCCCAAGGAGGUGGGGUGAGGGGUUAACUUUAAAAUCUUAAAUGGGAAUCCCCAUGUUUUAUUGCAGAUUUGGAUUCCUCAUGAAAAAAUAAGUAAUAUUUAUUCGAAAUAUUUUUUAGAAUUGUUAAUAGAUGGCGCUAAUAAAUAGUGUUUUUCCGAUUAUAGCGAUAUCUAUCCAUAAUUCGAAAAAAUGUCUCGAAUAAAGGUUACUUAUUUUUACGUAAGGAAUUCAAAUCUUCAAUAAAAAAUGGGGGCUCGUAUUUAAGAUUUUAAAGUUACACCCCACCCCACCUCCAGGGGGUGGAGUGGAGGGUCGUGUUUUAUGUUAUUCGAUAGGUUCUUAAAAAUUAUAAAAGACGUAUUUUUUGGUUUUUUAUUUGGAAGUGAAUUUAUCGAGAUAUUAGACCGUUUAUAUAAUUUACCUAUGGUAUCACGAAAAAAUCGUUUUUUCUGAUUAUAGCGCCAUCUAUCCACAAUUCUAAAAAAUAUCUCGAAUAAGAGUUGCUUACGUUUACGUACGCAAUCCAAAUAUGCAAUAACAAACGGGGUUUCUAUUUAAGAUUUUAAAGUUUUACCCCCACCCCAUUUCCAGGAGGUGGAGUGGGGUGGUCAUGUUUAGUGUGUAUAUUUUUGAAAAAUAUUGAACACGUAUUUUUCAAUUUUUCGAUCCAAUCUUCAUUUCGCGGAUUAUUCGAUCGUCCUGCGAAUUAUUCGGUCGUCCCAGUUCCACCCUGGGCAUCAGGUACCUCGGAGACCAUCGCCGUCAUGAAAUUCGUGUUCAGUGACCUCCAAAAACCCCUAAGUAUAAAAAUAUAACUCAUUUUCUCAAUAUUUCCAGAGUCCUAAAUUUUUUUCCAUCUCUUCGAGAUGCACUUUAAAUAUGCUUUUUCUCAUGCGCAAAAAUUUUUGCCGCGGAGAUUAAUUUAGUUCACAAAAUUGCCUGACACUCUCACGAAUCGAAUGCAAAAAGUUGAAUGACGAUUCAUCUUACUGCACAAAAUUCCUAGGUUUAAUGCUUCGUUGCCUCGUCUAAUAGGCGAAAUGGACGAAUCACAGUUGCUAAUAAUUAAUCAUGGUACAGUAGACUCCCUUAAGUUCGGCCUCGGUUAGUUCGGUCUCCGCUUAUUCCGGCUCUCUGAGCAUUAGUCACACACUUUGCACAUCAAAAAUCAUUAGAAAAGAAAAUUCAGAAAAAAAUUACUGACUUUUUUUAAGUGUUUAAGAAGCCAAACCACCAAUGUGCAAUAAUAUUUUUAAAUUUUAUUAGGCCCAGAGUUCUGUAAGUAUUGUUUUAUAGUAUUUUUGAAACGGUCUAUCUUUUUGUAUAUAUGUUAAACUUAAGUCAGAGUAUUCCCCUGUGUUGUCUUCUACUUAAUGUACAAGUGUUUUGUUUUUGCUAGAUCCAUACAAACAAUAAAUGGGCAUUUUUUAGAUAAGCAUCGGUUAGUUCGGCCACAUUUAAGUUCGGCCUAGGGUGCGGUCCCGAGGUGGCUUACGGGAGUUUACUGUACAACGAUAACGAAAAGUAAAAUAUUUUUUCUAAAAAUAAAAAUUAUUAUUAAUAUUUUGAGGAGAUAAAAUCGAAGAUCUUAAUCCAGUCACGUCAUAGUGAAUACCAAUCAAAAAACGUUACGUCACGACGUGUGAUAGUUGGUUUCUCGAGUUGUAUUAAAUAACCUAGAGAUUGAACUCCUUAUGAUCUUAUUAAGACACAAUUGAAGCCGGCUAGAGGGCGCUAUUUUUCGGCGAGAAAUAAAAUAAGGGGGCAAUAAUUUGAAAAUUCAAAUUUACUGAAUAUGAGAAAAUGUUCAAAGAUCUCGCUUGUCAGCUUUAUUUAUGAUAUUUAAAUAAGUGAACUUUCAAACAAUAUUUACAUUUUUUGACCCCUUAUUUGGGUCCACACGCGCACUAAACUUUAAAAAAUCUGCUUCACAUAUUGUCCUGUACUUCUACAUCUAUUUUAUUAUUCCUACAUCCAUGAAACAACUAAAUAUAGGACAGCAAACUUAAAAACAUUAAUAGACAUUUAAAUAAAAUACAUCACAUAAGUGACGUCAUGCAAUUUGAUUGGUAUUCGGUGUCACGUGACUCGGUAGUGAUUUAUUUUAAUACCCCUAUUCUCUCCAUACAUAUGUCAAAUAAAACUAAUAUUAGGAGAAGAUUGUUGCAUAUACAGGGUGAGGCAGAUAACAGGCCUAUUAGAAAUAUCUCGAGAACUAAAGGCAACAGAAUCACGAAAAUUGGAAUACAGGGGUUUUGAAGGAUGAUCUAUUAAAUGAAAAUAUUUUCAUCUCUUUGCAACUUCCGGUUAUACCGGAAGUUGCUUAUAACUUCGUUUUUUUAAAUGGGACACCCUGUAUAUUUUUACAUUUUUGGAUUCUCUUUGAUGUCUUCUUUUUUAAAAUAUGAGGAUUUGUAAUGUUA